GACCGCACACGCGCUCCGGAGUCCGGACGGCCGACAUGGGCAGCGUGCGUCCACUUAAAACAGCCGUGGCUCUGGGUGACGUGGACGACACGUCGCUCGCGCUGCCGUCCGUCAAUCACUAUCGAUCCGGAAUCGAACGAGUUCUGGAACAAGUGAAGAGUAUCAAGAGAACCAAAUCCAGACGUUUGAGCAACACGAGCGCGUCCACGUCUGUGCCGCCAACCAGCCCUGUGGAUGACAGCGUGUUCUUUGAUGAUUUGAAGUCACCGUCCAGCCCGCUCAGUGGAAGCAUCUUCUUCAGGAAUGGCCUCAGCAGAAGUCUCGGCCAGGAGAGGACUUUCAACCGGCACAUCACGAACCAGAAGAGUGACAGUGUGAAGAGGAACACUGUAGUUACCAAGCAUCAGAAUGAGAGGAGUCAUCCUGCUGGGGGCACUUUGGGACUCAGAGUGUCCAACGCCAGCCGCAGUGAGCCUAAUCUGGGUCGGCAUCUUUUGUUGCCAAACGACUUCGUUACCCCGAACAAUGUGUUUUCUAACAAGAGCACCCACAGGACGGUGAUGAGCACCCGUCGGUUUGUCAAGACCCGCUCAGCCCAGCCUCAGCCUGUGCGCGCUGUGAACGGACAUGUCAACACAACAAAAAGCCAGCUGGUGUCCACCCGAAAGGAAGCAUCCAAAAUGUCAGUAAAGCGUUCCGCGGAUGAGCCACUGGGCCAGGUUAAAGGGGAUCUUGGCUUAAAUGGCAACAGCAAGCUGGCAGACAUCACCAUUAAGGAGGCUGUGGAUUAUCUUUCCAGAGAAGAAGAAACCUAUCAGCAGUGUGGCGCUUCCUUCAUUCAACACAGCACCUUCCUUGAAGACCAGGCUAAAGAUGAGGUGUUUAAACUGAACGGGAUUCUUCCUCUGGUGUCUCUGCUGAGCAGCCCCGCCUCAUACGUCUGUCAGACGGCCUCCGCCGCCCUCCGUAACCUGUCCUUUAAAAACAACCGGAACAAAGAGCAGAUCGAACGCUGCGGCGGCAUCACCAAGGCCGUGACGGCGCUCAGAGACUCUGACUGUGCAGAAACACAGAAACAGCUGACAGGACUGCUGUGGAAUUUGUCCUCUGUGGACAGCCUGAAGCCAGACCUGCUGAAGAGCGCCCUGCCCGUGUUAAUGGAGUGUGUGAUCCUACCUUACACAAGAAGUCCUGACCAGACCGACGGCAACCGCCUCGAUCCUGAGGUCUUCUUUCAUGCCACUGGAUGUCUCAGAAACUUAAGCAGUGCCAAGCAAAGCAACAGACAGACACUGAGGAUGUGUCGCGGUUUGGUCGACUCGUUGGUCAGCUACGUGAAAGACUGCGUGGACGAAGGCAAGCCAGAUGAUAAGUCUGCAGAAAAUUGUAUGUGCAUCCUGCACAACCUGACCUUCCAGCUGGAGGCAGAGGCUCCUGCUCUGUUCAGCAGGAUCAUGGCCUUAGCCAAACCUGAGCACAGGACCCUUGGCGACACGGGCCCCAUCAACUGCUUCAGUGCCCAGAGCAAAGAUCUAGACCGCGAGAACCACAUAGACUUUCCGAUUGUGGAGGAUCGGCAUCCGACUGGAGCGAGCUGGUUAUUCCACUCGACCACUCUGCAGUGUUACUUGGAUUUGCUUGGCUCCAGCCAGCGAGAAGAGACCCUGGAAGCCUGCUGUGGAGCGCUGCAGAACCUUACCACACAUCAAGGCAUUGUGUCCAGGGUGAUGAGCCAAACUAUUGUGCAGAAACUGAACGGCAUGAAAGUUAUCGAGCCGCUUUUGAAGUCAGGCAAAGCGAACGUGCAGAAGAACACCAUGGCUUUGGUAGGAAACUUGGCCAAAAACCCGCAGGUGCAGAACACCUUAGCCCGUAAGACCCUUCCAGAGCUGGCAAGCAUCCUCACGGCCAGCACGGCAGAGGGGAACGAAUCUGACGACACUCUGGCUAUGGCCUGCCAGACGGCUAACUGCUUGUUUAUGAAGGAACCAGAGGCGAGCAAACACCUGUUAACCAACAAGCUGAUCAACUCGCUGAGUCGUCUCAGCCAGAACAGGUAUUUCCCUAAAGCAAGCAAAGCGGCGGCCCUGCUGCUCCACAACGUCUGGUCAGAGAAACAGUUACAGAGCUUCCUGAAGAAGCAAGGCAUGAAUAAGUCUUCUUUUGUGAACGACAUCACGACGGCGGCGCACAAGUCGGUUCAAGUUGUGGAUUAACAUGUCUGAAACUCUCACCUGCAAGUCAGGAGCUGAGCCUUCUUUCAUUUAUUAAACUGUAAA